GGUCGAUGGCGAGAAGGAUGACUACCAGGGUGACGUCGGGUAGGGUAACUUUCAGGUUGACGGCGAGAAGGAUAACUACCAGGGUGACGGCGAGUAGGGUUACAUUCAGGUUGAUGGCGAGAAGGAUGACUACAAGGGUGACGGCGGGUAGGGUGACUGUCAGGUUGAUGACGACAAUGAUAGUCUCCAGGAUGACGAAAGGUGACGACCAGCGCGGAGAGCAGGAUGACUUUGAGGAUAACUACCAGGGUGAUGACCAGCAGCAACAUCAGGGACGAUGUCGACCUACCAGGUUGAUAUCAACGAAGGAGACGAGCAGGGCGGUCACGACCAGGAUAAUGACUAUGGUGACGUCCCUGAAGAAGAACAGCGUGGGGAAGACGACGACGACGAUGAACUGGACGACUACCAGAGUCACUACCAGGGCGACUACCAAGCUGAUGACGACGACCAGGAUUACAAUGAGGUAG